UCUGAUUUCUCUUACAUCCUAUAUUUAUUAUUCACCGUCUCUAUUGGAUAGUAUCUAUAAAAUAAUCAAGUCCGGUACUAUUUAACCAACAAAAGCCAAGCUAAUACUCCUAUUAAACUCAUUGGUCUAUUAUUACACUGGAAUAUAGAUUCUGGGUGGGUUCUUUUCUUCUUCUUGUUCUAGUAUUGGGUAGAGAGGGGUGAAUAAAUUUGGAGUGAUGGGAAAUGUCAAUGGCAGAGAAGAUGGAAGCACAGGUGGUGGUGGUGGUUCAUCUGGGGUGGAUGAGGACGGUGGUGCACCGGAUGAAAUGGGUGGUGCACCACCUCCUCACGGCGACGGUGGUGAGUUGAUGGGUCAGUCCCCACCUUCUAGCCCUAGGGCUGCUCAAUCCCCUUUGAUGUUCACUCCUCAGGUCCCGGUGCUGCCAUUACAAAGACCUGAUGAGCUGCACGUCCCAAGCUAUUCGUGGAUGCAGACUUCCACAAAUUAUGAAGACAUAGUUAGUGAACAAGGAAUUCCCACAAUGAUUACAUGGAGCUACGACGGGAAGGAAGUUGCUGUUGAGGGUUCAUGGGAUAAUUGGAAGACAAGAAAGCCUUUGCAGAGAUCAGGGAAGGAUUUCACCAUUAUGAAAGUGCUUCCAUCAGGGGUUUACCAGUACAGGUUUAUUGUUGAUGGACAAUGGAGGUAUGCACCUGACAUGCCUUGGGACCAGGAUGAAACAGGCAACGCUUACAACAUUUUGGACUUGCAGGAUUAUGUCCCAGAAGACAUUGAAAGCAUUUCUGGUUUUGAAUCUCCUCAGUCACCAGAAUCGAGCUAUAACAACUUCCAACCUGGUUCAGAGGAUUAUGCAAAGGAGCCACCAUUGGUUCCUCCACAUCUACAAUCGACUUUGCUCAAUGUUCCAUCAUCCUACAUGGAGAUUCCACCUCCCUUUUCAAGACCUCAACAUGUGGUGCUUAACCAUCUUUACAUGCAAAAAGGAAGGAGUAGCCCUUCUGUGGUGGCACUUGGUUCAACAAAUCGGUUUCUAGCUAAAUAUGUGACAGUAGUGUUGUACAAGUCCAUUCAAAGGUAAAAAUUUGCAAUACAUCUGAGUGGACGGAAGUUUUUACCAUUGUUAUGUAAGUGAUGAAACUACUGAAGGCCAAUGUUAUUCUGGAGGCUUAUAUGAACCCAAGGGAAAAAAGCCGCUAAGUAGACUUUGGAGUUUUAUGCGACAAAUUACAAAUGAUUGAUAACGACCAUUGGGCUGACAGGAA